UUUGAUAUUACUUGGAAAAAAAUACUGAAAUCAAGUUAUAAUUAACUUAUUAUAGUGUGCUUCCCUUAUAUUUCUAUAAAGUUAAACUAUACAAAAGCUCACGUAAAUUACCUCUACUGUUUACCGCCGGCGAGGCGCCACCGGGGUCUUCUCGUUUGCGUCACAAUCUGCGAACUCGACAAUGGCCGCUUCUCUUACGCGAUCCUUAAUUUCCCCCCUCACGAGCCGAACCCCUGCUAAACCCUCGCGCUCCGAUCAAGCGCCGCAGAUUCUACUUUGCGCAAGACGGCGCUCCUGCGUGUCGGUACGAGCCUCCACAUUCGGUAACAACAAUUCGUCUGAUGGAGCCUCUGUUUCCUCUGCAUGCAAUGUGCUAACCCAGGAUUCGCUUCCGAGGCGUUUGACGUCGGCGCCAGUGCCUAAUUCAGGGUCCGGUGGUUCUCCCCUCCGCGUUGCUUAUCAGGGGCUCUGUGGGGCACAUAGCGAAUCUGCUGCCCAGAAGGCAUAUCCCAACUGUGAGCCGGUACCUUGCGAUCAAUUCGAAACUGCAUUUGAAGCUGUUGAAGGCUGCUCUGUGGACAGAGCUGUGUUACCCAUCGAAAACUCUUUGGGUGGGAGUAUCCACAGAAAUUACGACCUCUUACUCCGACACAGGCUACAUAUAGUUGGAGAAAUAAAAUAUGCUGUUCGUCAUUGCUUGCUAGCAAAUCAAGGUGUUAAAGUUGAACACUUGAAGAGGGUUCUAAGUCAUCCCCAGGCACUUGCUCAAUGUGAACAUACGUUAACCAGGUUGGGAUUGGUUAGAGAAGCAGUGGAUGAUACUGCUGGUGCAGCAAAGCAUGUUGCACUCAAGAAAUUGGAGGACACAGGAGCUGUUGCUAGUUCCGCUGCAGCUGAAAUCUAUGGCCUAGAUAUAUUAGCAGAAGACAUUCAGGAUGCCUCUCUCAACGUUACAAGAUUUCUGAUGUUGGCGAGGGAGCCCAUAAUUGCAGGCACUGAUCGUCCCUUCAAGACAAGCAUAGUCUUUUCACUUGAGGAGGGCCCUGGAAUACUUCACAAGGCUCUUGCAGUUUUUGCAGAGAGGCAAAUCAACCUAACGAAAAUUGAGAGCCGCCCUAUGAGUUGGAGUUCUGAGAGAUUUCCUGGACUAGAUGCCAGUGGACUUCAGAAAUGCUUUCACUAUCUGUUCUAUGCCGAUUUUGAGGCUUCAAUGGCUAGUGAUGAUGCUAAAAGGGCCCUACAAGAUCUAGAAAAGCUUGCAACAUCCUUGCGGAUUUUAGGAAGUUAUCCGGCUGAUACUACCAUGCUAUGACGAAACUCCUGGAAUGCAGUGAUGACCGGCCAUGAGGAGAAACAUGGGUGUUUCGAGCCGCGACCAAUCCUCUCUACUUCUGAUUUUGCGAAUGUUUUGCAGCAGUUUUUGCAGAGAUGAUUUGAUGCACUAGUGUGUGAUGGAUCACCCAAUGAUGGCCACCACCAUGCUUCGUUCGUGGCUAGAGGGCUGGCCCAAAAAGCCCAUCAACGUAGGACUACUGCUGCUGUCAUAGGGUAGCUUUGAUAAUUGUUCUUGCAUACAUAGGUUGAAAAACUUAACAUCGAGCACAAUCUCGAUAUAAAAAAAGGUAUUAUUUUGUUUCUGGGGGAAAAUAUCAUAAACAGACAAAAGAAAACAUAUCUCAAAUAAUGCUACUACAAAAUGGUGGUAGCUAGUCGCACUCAUGGCAUUCUGUCCACCAAGCACUGCAUCCACCUUAUCUUGUAAAGGACACCCAAAAACUUACUUCCUUCUCCUUCUCACGAACCAACCAAUCCACACCAUCAUCUUCAAGAAAUGUUACUGAUCAAACCAAUUGGCUCGCCAACGGGGAAAUGGGUAUUAGCGCCAGCAGCAGAAGGUCUCAUCCCAGCCCUCAAACACCUGCAGGUGACGGCGAUCCAAAGACGGCCCUCAACAAUCCCAACUACUGCGGCGAGUAUGAAUUCAUUACACAAAUUGACGGAGAAGGCCUAUGGUCCUUGUACUACUACUGUCGCCGCCGCAGCCGGCAGGAGGCAAGCGAGAUGGGACAGCGUCGCCGAUGAAGAGGAGAACAAUGAAGACGAAGAGUACAAUCAAGAAAUCGCGGUGCUGGAAUUCUACACCCAGCGUUGCAGAGGUGAAGCUCUUGUUGUUCAUGCUUCUGUGGAUGGCCAGCUUGUGGAAGUCCUCAUCUUCAGAGGAUUCUCGUCGUGCUUGAAUUACGGGACGGCGGCGGACCCGUCGAAGAGCGUUAUUCCGGCGAGGGCAGUGAUUAAGUGGAUAGACAGAAUUAAGGGGCCAUUUGAUCCUUCCAAUAUUGAGUACUUGGAGAAAGAGAUCAGUUGGGAUUCAUUCAAGGCACGCCUUGCCUCUUCCCCUGUUCAAUAGUUGUGUAAUUUCCGACCUCAUAUAUUACUGUUUUCGUCACUUUCUAAUUAACAUAAUAAAACCAUUACAGUAAAUUAACCACCGAUCAUGUGUUGAUUGCACAAAAUGGUAGGAAUUUUUAGGCUUAAUGAUAAAUUGAUAAUUAAAGGAUGGGAUGAUUAUAUACCGGUGUGGUUAAUGCUUCCAAUCCAAUCUGAUUACCUUGAUUGUGCCUACUCGGAGUGUAGAUGGGCCAGAUGACAAGCGAGGCCCAAAAAGAGUAGAGAUUUUCAGCCCAAACUGGCAGCAGCCUUUAAAGCCCGGGCAUGCUUGAUCAGGCCAGCAGGGAAUGCUCAUAUAUUCGCUCAUUAGCUGCCUACUGCGUAACAGUAGUUUGUCAACUCUCGAUAGUCAACGGUAAUGGCUGACGUAAGAUGAGAAAUAAAAUAAUUUCGAUCAAUAUUUGUUACGCCAAAAAUAAUUGUGCGGACCAUUUAGUUGUGUGCUUGUUGAGGGGAGUAGUUGGGAUGUGUAUAGUUAAUUUCACCGAAUGUCAACUAGCUAGGUUGAGAAGACUCUUUUAUUUGACUGCGAGUCCUGUUUUGUAAAAGAAUUUCUACUAGAUUG